AUGAGGUCCAUUGAUGCUAAAAAUACAAAUGAAGCUCUGCAGAAAAUAUUUUUUACCUGGGGACUUCCGCUUUCGCUGCAAAGCGACAAUGGGCCCCCAUUCCAGAGCAGUGAAUUCGUCGAUUUUUGGGAGACAAAGGGAGUAAAGAUCCGGAAGUCCAUUCCGUUAUGCCCACAAACCAAUGGAGCAGUAGAGCGCCAAAACCAGGGCAUAACGAAAGCAAUUACGGCAGCUAAACUGGAAGGUGUAAGUUGGAAGAAGGCUCUACAACAAUAUGUCCAUGUACACAACACAUUAAAACCGCACGCUAGACUUUGCAUUACUCCCUUUGAGUUAUUAGUUGGCUGGAAAUAUAGGGGAACCUUUCCAGCCCUCUGGAGCUCAAAACAGGAGAAAAUUGAUCGAGAUGACGUGCGGGAGAGGGAUGCAAAUGCUAAAUUGCAAAGCAAGCUGUACGCGGACAACGAACGAGGGGCCAGGCCGUCCGAUAUUUCUGCUGGUGAUAUAGUACUCAUGGCCGUUCCAAAGAAAACGAAGACGGAUCCAGCGUUUUCCGAAGAACGUUACACCGUUAUUUCAAGGCAUGGUGCUAAGGUGAUCGUACGGAGCGAUCGAGGAGUGCUUUACUCGCGUAACGUUCAAGACUUCAAGCGACUACCUAUAUUUGAUGACGAAUUCACGGAGGGUGAUGAUUCGAUAAAGAGUGCAAGCAUAAAUCCACCACCAGAAGAUGAGGAAUCGACCAAGUGUUUGAAUGAACCCGGAACUGAUUCGGAGAAGACAAUAUCGAGACCAAAACGCAUUAUUCGAAAACCAGAACGUUUGAGGGACAUGUUCAUGUAUCGCGUUUAUCAGUAA